CGCGAACGUUUGGAGGAGUCCGCUCAACAUUCGCAGGCCGUGCAGCGCGUGCAGACUGCCGAAAUUAAGGCGGAGGAAUUGCAGCAAUGCGCCAGCAAUGGGGCACCGUCUGGAGCGAGCUUGACGAAAGCAAGCUGUAUAACAACAUGGAGUUGGAGUCGUUAGACAAACUCUUUUCGGCUUACCAAAAGAAUGCGGUAUCGGCUACCGAUGGCUCCUAUGAGGAUCUGCGAGCAACUGGAGGCAAGCCAACCAAGCAAGUAAGGUGCUCUCAGAGAUCGAUGCGGGCCGGGCCCAGAACUGCACCAUCCUGCUAGGCAAGCUGAAUAUGAGAUAUCAAAGGCCAUUCUCUCAAUGGACAGCAACAAGCAGCUGACACUCGACAUGGUCUAGCAUCUACUAAAGUUCCCGCCCUCGGCGGAGGAGCGUGCACUGUUGGAAGAGCAUAGCGAGGAUAUUGAGUCACUGGCACGCGCCGAUCGCUUCCUUUACGAAAUAUCAAAGAUUCCCCACUACAAGUAAAGGCUGAAGAGUUCGCUACGGGAAGCGCUUUAUGCCGACAUCAGCAGCUCAGGGAGCAAUCAGAAUGGAAGUCAGCAGCAAUAACAACAGCAACACCCUCAAGCUGAACACACGCACGGCGUUGACCUUCCUGGAGAACGGCAUCUCCAACGGGCAUUACAACGGCCACCCUAUCACCGGCAGCGAUCGAGCGGAACUUAGAAGGCAGGCCGAGCAGAAGAUCCAGCAGGAGCUGCAGGACCUCAAGACGGAGCUUGAUGCGAGACUGAGCUGAAGCGCCUGAGCAAGAUUAACAAACAGAACACACUGAAGGCUUAG